AAAAAAAAAAAAAAAAAAGAACCACAGAGCCUUGGUACUGUGGAGAACGAGGGGUCAGCGAGUCCUUCCACUUUCACACGUGGGACUUGGGGCCCAGGGUAAGGGGAAGAUCCACUGAGGAACCCCUUUCUUUCACACAGUCUGGGGUCUUAUAAAAAUGCACAUAACCGCGAACUACCCUCAAUCUACCGUUCUAAAACUUUUCCAGCGCUUCCUAGUAGUGCCCCUCGGCAUCUGGCAGCCCCCUCCCCUCCCCAGGGGCGCAGAGCCCACGCACCGCUAAGCCUUUACUCUUGCUCUUCCCUCUGCCUUCUACCCCUUUCUGCCUGAAGAACCUUUUCUUCUUCCUUCAAAUAUCAAUGAAGAGAACCAAUAAAGGAUCCUCAAAGCCAGAACGAACAAGCCACCUUCCACCCUUGGCUCCUGCAGCAAGUUGCUUUGACUUCUUUUUACAGCUGGUGACUGCUGCUUGUGUCCGAGUCCCCAGCCCGGACUGGGUGCGGACGGUCUUGCUUCUACCCUGUAUCCCCGUACAGACGUCCAGAAACGUGUUCUAAGUUAGUGACCAGGAGGGCUUGCCCCUACAUCUCCGACUCCGAGCCCAGUGCUCGGUCCACUGCACCAGGCGCCUCGAGCCCUGGGGCUGCGUCCUCACUGCUCUUCGCGUUGCGGUGCGCAGCCGCCGCGCGCCCGGCCGAGCGGCCCAGCACCCGGGGCGCGGGAGGGUCAGCGGCAGGACUGGAGAGCCAGAAGCGAACCGCAAGCGCGCCCGAGUCGCGUGAUAGGGGCCCAGCCCCGGAAACGGACUCGGUCACCUGACAGCGGGUCUGUGAGCGUUUUUCUCACGUGACGGAGGCGCCGGUGUGUGGACCAAUAGACAGGCGGGGGCGGGGCGGCCAGGGGCAACGCGCGCUAAGGGAACCGGGUCCGGCGGCCGCCGCGACCGGCUGGGGCUACUUGUCGCGGGCCAGCCGCCUGCCUCGGCCCGGUCGCAGGCUAGGCCCGGUUCGGAGCGGCGCCAGCAUGAAGUGCCUGGUCACGGGCGGCAACGUGAAGGUGCUCGGCAAGGCCGUCCACGCCCUGUCCCGUAUCGGGGACGAGCUCUACCUGGAACCCUUGGAAGACGGGCUCUCCCUCCGGACCGUGAACUCCUCCCGCUCUGCCUAUGCCUGCUUCGUGUUGGCCCCGCUCUUCUUCCAGCAGUACCAGGCCAUCACCCCUGGUCAGGACCUGCUGCGCUGUAAGAUCCUGAUGAAGUCCUUCCUGUCCGUCUUCCGCUCGCUGGCGAUGCUGGAGAAGACUGUGGAAAAAUGCUGCAUUUCCCUGAAUGGCAGGAGCAGCUGCCUGGUGGUCCAGCUGCACUGCAAGUAUGGGGUGAGGAAGACUCACAACCUGUCCUUCCAGGACUGCGAGUCCCUGCAGGCCGUCUUUGACCCAGCCUCGUGCCCCCACAUGCUUCGCGCCCCAGCACGGGUCCUGGGAGAGGCUGUUCUGCCCUUCCCUCCUGCACUGGCUGAAGUGACACUGGGCAUUGGCCGUGGCCGCAGGGUCAUCCUACGCAGCUACCAGGAGGAGGAGGAGGCAGACAGCACUGUCAAAGCCAUGAUGACUGAGAUGAGCAUUGGGGAGGAGGAUUUCCAGCAGCUGCAGGCCCAAGAAGGGGUGGCUGUUACUUUCUGCCUCAAGGAAUUUCGGGGGCUCCUGAGCUUUGCAGAGUCAGCAAACUUGAAUCUUAGCAUUCAUUUUGAUGCUCCAGGCAGACCAGCCAUCUUCACCAUCAAGGACUCUCUGCUGGAUGGCCACUUUGUCUUAGCCACACUCUCAGAGACUGACCCACACUCCAAGGACCUAGGCUCCCAGGAGCUCCAUCAGCCAGUGCCUCAGCUUCAGGAUUACAGCACAUCCCACCUGGAUGACUUUGCCAAUGACGACAUUGACUCUUACAUGAUCGCCAUGGAAACCACCGUAGGCAGUGAGGGCUCACGGGUGCUGCCCUCCGUUUCCCUUUCACCUGUCCGUCAACUCUCCCACAGCCCUGACCCCCACUCAGAGGAAGACGAAGCUGAGCCCAGUACAGUGCCUGGGACUCCCCCACCCAAGAAGUUCCGCUCGCUGUUCUUUGGCUCCAUCCUGGCCCCUGUACACUCCCCCCAGGGCCCCAGCCCUGUGCUGGCUGAAGACAGUGAGGGUGAAGGCUGAACUGAGAACUUGAAGUCUGUGUCCAGAGGCCCUGGACUAGGUGUAGCCCCAGCCCUGGAGGGUCGUAGAGGUGGGCUUGCUGGAGCCAAGCCGGUUCUGCUCCCUCCACAGCCCCUGCCUGGCUGCCCACCAUGCACCGUGGAGCUGCCUGGCCUGAGUCCUAUUAUCACCCCCACCCCCCAACCAAUCAUGUCUGUUCCCACACCUGGCCUUGAGCUACUAUCUGACAGGAGGUUCCUCACCUCUUAUAAAACACUGAGCCUUAGGCCAGACUCCAACCACCUGGCUGGAGUGGCCGGAAACCUGUCUUCCUCAGACUCACCUUUAUAAGAAAAAAACCUGGCCCCACUGAUUCACUUCUGCCAAUCAUGCCUGUUUCUUCCUCAAGUGCUGCGCAAACCCCUGGGACCCCAUGUGGAUGACGCAGACUAUUUUUCUUGCAUUCCCAAUACUCUAUCCCUGGCUUGGAAUUCUAAGAGCCUCUGGGGCCCAGCAACCCCGCACCCUCCAGUGGCUCUGUGCAGAAGGGCUGCCAGGCCCAGUGUUUGGAACAAGGGAGACAGAGGCCAUGGCGAGAAUCCAGCUUUGACCUUUAUUCAAGAGACCAGAUGGGUUGCCCCAGGAUCCGGCUGCCAGCCCUGAGGCCAAGCAAGGCUGGAGACCCACAAUCUGGCCUGCCAUUGCCCUGAGCUGCAGACUUGGCCCCAGGAUCCUGCUUGCAGCCACCACAGGCAGGAGGGAGCCCUGGGGGAUUGGACGCUGCUAUCGAUUCAUUAAAAAAAAGAAAAAUA